AUGGGAGAACCGUACAAAAUGUUUGUCUCUGGCAGUUCAAAAGAAGGACAAUCAGAUGCAAAUCAUUUUCGACAUGAUAAGAGAUGUCAAGACUUUGAUAUAAUGAUUGAAAUUGGUUUGAUAUCAUCGAUGGAUUCCUUAGAGUCAAUUCCUAAUGUACCAGGUUUUGUUCGUGUUCUGUCUUGUGAAGAAACAGUUCAACUUAAAUAUUCAAUUGAUUAUCCAGCUAGACUCAUUAAAUCUUUACAUCCACUACCAACUGAAAACGAAUAUAUCAAUGCUACGAAAAUUAAAGAGAUUAUAUUAAAUAAUAUCAAAUCAAGUUGCACUUUUGGAAAUACCAUUUCCGAUUUGCGUACUUAUGUAACCGGACCAUCACUGGCUAGUGUAGAAGCUACUGCACAACUUAAUUAUGCUGAAAUGCUGGAUUCUUUUAAUCUGUUCUUAGAUUAUAUAAAUCCUCUUCCACAUCCUCUAUUUGGUUAUCGUUUACCGAAUGAUUUAAGAAAAAAGAUCGAAGCAGCCGUGUUAGAGUUUUACUUCAGAUAUCGAAGUUAUUUACCUGUAUUGGAUGCAAUGAGAGAUGUAUAUUCGAGUGCACACGACCAGCAUAAUCCUUUUGGUGGAGAUGCAGAUUAUGUGCCAUGUCUGAGACUUGAAUUCUGGCCAGACGAUCUUAUAGUGAGAAGAAUUCCGCCAAUUCAAAAUAUUGCAAUUCCAGAAUUACUCGGGAGGGUUAGAUUCUGAGAAUUAUAGAAUUCGGGAAGUUCAAAGUUUUGCAAAUCUAGAAUUUUGCUGUAUAUCGAGAAGUUGCGAAUUCGAGAAUUUGAGUAUUCUGCAGAUUCAAAAUUAUGCAAAUCGGGAAUUUUCCUGCAUAUUGCGAAGCUUAUACUUUCAGAAUUUGAUAAUGCUGCGAAUUCAAAAUGUUGGAAACCGAGAAGUCCGCUGUAUAUUGAGAAUUUUACGAAUCAAAGGAUUUUGAGAAUGCCGCAAAUUCAAAAUACUGCAAAUCCAGAAUUUGGCUGAAACCGUGAAUUUUUCUGCAUAAUGAGAUGUUAAGAAUUUGACGGUUUGAGAAUUCUUUAAAAUCAAAACGGUGCAACUCCGGAAUUUUGACGUAUAGUGAGAAGAAUUUCCGAAUUCUUCGAAAUCAAAAUCUUGCAACUCGGGAAUUACACGCGAAGGUUAGAUUUUGAGAAUUUGAGCAUCAUGGAAAUUCAGAUUUUUGCAAAUCAAGCAUUUUCAUGUGUAUUGAGUGGCUAAGAACUUUAAGGAAAUCACAAAAACCCGCAUUCGCGGCGAAGUCAGUUUUUCUAACCUACUUCGUUCGGUAAGCAACAUGACUUCAUGGUGGUUAAGGACAUACAAUGUUUAUUGCUUUCUCCCAGUAGUUCAACUCAAAAUCGUGUGCGAAUUCUUUAUUAUAUCGUGACUAUUGGUGAAAUAAACAUUGUACAUCUAUAGCCACCAUGAAGACAUGUUGCAUACCGAACGAAGUAGUUAAGAAACACUAACUUCGCCGCGAAUGCGAAUUUUCCAUGAUCUCGUCAGGUACCCAUCGAUGGCGAAUUCUCUAUUUUAUUCUGACGAGUGUAGUUCACCAUCUAGGUUAGGUGAGGUUCGGUUGCGAAUUCUCUGUUAUAUUCUGAAUAGUUUAGAUCACCAUCUAGGUCAGUUAACAAUCGAUUGCGAAUUCUCUAUCAUUUUGCGGCUACGUAGACAGAUAGUCCGACGUGUCUUCUACAAAAUGAGAUAAAUGCAACGUGUUGGUUUUGCUUAGUUUUUGAGCCGACGCGGCUUUUCCCGUAUCACCGGUAUUGGACUGUUUGCUGUUCUGACAAUUUCAGAAACACAGAAUACAUAGAUACUCGAUGCCCCUGGCCAAUGUGACAACGUUUAUUUCCCUACAAAAUGUCAACUGACUUUGACUGCGGAGUUGGGAAAACCGCAACAUUUUCGC